CCUUAACUAAAAGCCUACACAUUCAACAAGAGAUCCAAUCAUUAAGUUAGGUUCUUAUAAGCUUGCACAUCAUCACAGGUGAUAAAGUUUCUGCAAGUUAUGCCUUAACCUGGCCAGUUGAUCUUCACACAUGUAACUGACUAGCCUUGGAAUUAUCACACCUGACAGUUUUUUCAAUAAUAGAAAACAGAGAUGAAGCUCAAUCUUCCUGAGUUGUUUUGGUUCUGCAGGAAUAAGAAGUAAUAAAGUGUUUUUGUUGCAGAAGUCAGCAGAUGCAACUCUGAAUUCACACAGGGAACAGAUGUGAUCAGUAAAAAGAUACCAUAGUUACUUUUCAGAGUAGUACUGCAGUUUAAGACAAACUUGCAUAGAUCCUAACCGUAUAUUCAAGGGAAGGCUAUUCUCAGACAUACUAACACUCUUUAAGCCUCAUAAAACCUUUUAUAGUCCUUAAACACUCCCUUUUCUCCCAUCAGCCAUUGCAUCAACUGCAGAGAAGUAAAAACACCAUUAACACCUGAUGUGGCAGAAGUAGUGCUGUUCUGAAGAGCUGCCAUUACAAAUGCUUCCCUUGAGACCCAAACUCUUGGCUGCGGAAGAUCUCUGGGUCUCAAACAGGCUUCCUUGUGAACAGGAUCAGUGAUCACAGGAUUUAGACCAACAAACUAAAGCCCUGAUUCUAGUUGUGGGAAAGAAAGGGAGGUGGAGGAUCCAGACAAUAAACAAAACACACAAAUUAAAACACACGUUGUCAACAUCACAUCAAAAUAUACAAAUGUUUUGGACAGGAAAUCCCAGCACAGAAUUUACAUGCACUUAAGGAAAUAUGCUAUGAGGAAAUAGCUUGUUCCAAACAGUACUUAAAAGGAACCAUGGAGGAACUGCUGUAUCUAAGAACAAAAAGAUGGUGACUUCUGAAAAUUACAUCACCAAAUGAGGAACCCACAAAGAAGACAUAACUUCUACUUGGCGGCACCUGACUUGCUGGAUCCCAAAUCUGCCACUCAGAACUCCAAACCACGGCUAUCAUUUUCUACAAAACCCACAGUGCUCUCAUCACGAGAGGAAUGUGAUUCGGCUAUUAAUGUUAUGAAAUGGAAGACGGUCUCAACGAUUUUUCUGGUGGUUGUUGUAUAUUUAAUAAUUGGAGCUACUGUCUUCAAAGCCCUGGAACAGCCACAUGAAACUUCUCAAAGAGCCACCAUUGUGAUUCAGAAGCAGACAUUUGUAUCUGAGCAUUCUUGUGUGAAUGCAUCGGAGCUCGAUGAACUAAUUCAGCAUGUAGUGGCAGCAAUAAAUACAGGAAUCAUACCUUUAAGAAACACAUCUCAAAUCAGUCACUGGGACUUGGGAAGUUCCUUCUUCUUUGCUGGCACUGUUAUUACCACCAUAGGCUUUGGGAACAUCUCGCCACGUACAGAAGGUGGAAAGAUAUUCUGUAUCAUCUAUGCCUUAUUGGGAAUUCCUCUGUUUGGUUUUCUGUUGGCUGGAGUUGGAGAUCAACUAGGGACCAUAUUUGGAAAAGGAAUUGCCAAAGUAGAAGAUACAUUUGUUAAAUGGAAUGUGAGUCAGACAAAGAUUCGCAUCAUAUCAACAAUAAUAUUCAUAUUGUUUGGCUGUGUGCUGUUUGUUGCUCUUCCUGCCGUAAUAUUCAAGCAUAUAGAAGGCUGGAGCACACUAGAUGCAAUUUAUUUUGUAGUUAUCACUUUAACUACCAUUGGAUUUGGUGACUAUGUUGCAGGGGGAUCAGACAUUGAAUACCUUGAUUUUUACAAGCCAGUGGUAUGGUUUUGGAUCCUUGUAGGACUUGCUUAUUUUGCUGCUGUCCUGAGCAUGAUUGGAGACUGGCUAAGAGUCAUAUCAAAAAAGACAAAGGAAGAGGUGGGAGAGUUCAGAGCUCACGCUGCCGAAUGGACAGCCAAUGUCACGGCAGAGUUCAAAGAAACCCGCAGGCGUUUAAGUGUGGAGAUUUAUGACAAGUUUCAACGGGCUACCUCCAUCAAAAGGAAGCUCUCUGCAGAACUUGCUGUCAACCACAGUCAAGAUCUGACCCCUUGCAAGAGAACCCUGUCAGUCAACCACCUCACCAGCGAGAAGGACAUCUUGCCUGCUCUAACAAAGACAGACAGCAUUUAUAUGAAUGGUUUGACUCCUCACUGUGCGGCAGAAGAUAUUGCUGUGAUUGAAAACAUUAAGUAGUACUGACUUUGGAUGCCGAUCCUUGGAGAAGCUCUUGGCUUAAACUAGCCAUAUACUUCCUUUUUUUCCUAUCCAUGAUUGAUGCUAGUAGCAUUUUAUACAUGUGCAUGAGUUCAACAGAAACCACCACAAUAGCGAUUCAGUGUCACCAUCAUAUCUCUUCAGACACGAGAUGAAUGGAAUUUCUGUUGUUGAUAGAUGCUGGAGCAAGCAACAUCCAAUGCCUUUUUGUGCUCAGACUGUUGUUCAUUUCUCCUAAUGUGCCAUAUGGCCUAAAGAAUGAAUUAUAUUUGUUUAUGUUAACAAUGUAGCUUUGAGGGAUCAGUCCUUAAAUUUUCAGGGUCUACCUUACUGAGCCUAGGAAUGGACCAUUUAUGGACUACAACACAUUUGUAAAUGGCAAGAAAUUCUUAUGCAGCCUUUUACCUAAGAAAUUUUUGUCAGUGCCUUAUCUUUUGAAGAAACAGAACCUCUAUAACUCUUGUAUGGUUUGUGUUUGUUUGUUUAUUUGUUUUUUGCAUGAGUAAUGUAUUUCAUUUGAGCUUUCAUCUUGCCUGAAAUGAUGACGUUUUAAAGGUGUCUUUAGUGAAGAUACCAGCUUUGAGAAUGGAUGCCAAAAAUCAACAGACAUCAAAGCCACACUCCUAAAUCUAGCUUUAAAGGCACUGCAGUUACAAGAGUUGCAAAAAUGUCCCCUGAAAAUAUUUAUUUUACUCACAUCCAAGUGAUGCAUGCUCACACUAUAUUAGAACCAGACCUGUAGGGUUUAUGGAUCCAUUUUGAGUUUUAUUUUUCAAGCAUUGUUCAGCAAUGUUAUCCCAUGUGUCAGAUUACCAAAAAUCUCCAGUUAUGUGUAAUUAAAUUAUUUGCUAGAUGACAAGAGCAAGUAGAAGUUAAUACUAUGUGGAAAUGCUUUAAAUUGAUGCAUUCUAAUAACCAUACUCAUGAAAACAUUACAGAAAAAUACCACAGCAAUUUCUAAUAAUCAUAAAUCUGCUCCCAGAAAGUUACUCUACGAAAAGAAUUUUAAACUUUUUAUUUAAGCCGAGUCACACCAGGCACCUACUGGAUCCUACUGGAGUGCUUUCCUGAAUGUCACACUGUACAUUGGUUGCCUACACCGGAACUGUGACUGAUGUGGGAAUGCAAUUGAAACUGGUAUCACUGUGACUUUCUACAUAUAAAAUACAGACUUCUCUGAAUACAAAUACAGACAUGAAGGAAAGCUGAUAAAUAGCACAAUCUGAAUGCUGAUGAUUGUUCAGAUAGGAUAGGCUGACGAUACGCAGAUCUGAAACCAAUCCUUGGGGUUUCUGUGUUUGUUUUAAAGAAAAGCAUUGACUUUAAUUCUAUAUCUGUUGUUUUGUUUAUAGUUGUGUGUGAGAUUCAGAAGGAAUGCAGGAUAAAAACAAGGAAUGGAUAAUUUUGUCUUUUUUAAAUUUUUUCAUAUUUUAGUCUAUGCUGGCUGUACAUAAAAUGAAUAUAACAGGCCCUAAGGGAAUAAUUUAGGCUCUGUGCAAAUUAAAGAAAAAUUAGACUUUGUUGAUUGGCCAUGACGAAAAUGACAAAUUUGUUGCAUUUAUGACCAUUAGAUAACAUACAAAAUAUGAAUGUUAAUGUUCUGGAUGUUUAAUCUUGUUCUCUGAUUAAUCAAUGCUAUCAGUGUAAAUAUCAGUCAAUUAACAUUUACAGAGAGUAAGCUUUUAAAAUAAGGAAAGUUCCAUGAAAUAGUACCAGGCCAUGCUCUUUUAAAAGAAAAAGACCCCUGUCUCUCCCAGCACAGUGUUC